AUGGAUAUCGAGGCGCUCAAAGAACAGUGGUCGGAGAUUGAGGACCGCGACGGAUUGCGUCUCAGUUGGAAUGUUUUCCCCAGCUCUCGAAUGGAAGCCUCAAGGCUCGUAGUACCAAUCGGCGCACUCUACACCCCCCUCAAGGAGAAGCCUGAAUCGCCUCUGCUGCAAUUCGAGCCUGUGAUUUGCAAGCAACCGUGUCGAUCCGUCCUCAAUCCUUACUGCCAGGUGGAUGUUCGCGCCCGGUUGUGGAUCUGUCCGUUCUGCCUCUCUCGAAACCCCCUCCCACCACACUACAAAGACAUCACAGCGAAUGCGAUACCACCCGAGCUCCACCCCAGUAAUACUACCAUCGAAUACAGACUCUCGAGGCCUGCACCAAGUGCACCCAUCUUUCUCUAUGUUGUGGACACUUGCCAAGAAGAGGACAGUUUGACUGCCUUGAAAGAAUCCUUGGUCAUGAGUUUGAGUCUGCUCCCCGAGAAUGCUUUGGUCGGAUUGGUGACAUUCGGUACAAUGGCACAAGUACACGAGAUUGGCUACAAUGAGUGUCCAAAGUCUUAUGUUUUCCGAGGUAGCAGGGACUACUCUGCGAAGCAGGUUCAAGAAAUGCUAGGCUUGAUGGCACCUGGUCUGCGCCCUGGGAUGCAACAGCAACAGCCUGGCCCGCCGAGGCCUCCGAUGGGACCUGCUGCAAGAUUUUUGCUUCCUGUACAGCAAUGCGAGUUCCAGCUCACAAAAGCAUUGGAGCAAUUGCAGAAAGAUCCUUGGCCAGUCGCGAACGACCGCAGGAAUCUUAGAUGUACCGGUGUCGCGUUGAGCGUUGCAGUUGGCUUACUCGAAUCAUCCUUUCAAAAUGCCGGGGGUCGUAUCAUGCUCUUCGCAGGUGGUCCAGCAACCGAGGGGCCUGGCUUAGUCGUCGGUCCAGAACUUAGGGAGCCAAUCAGAUCACAUCACGAUAUUGACCGAGACAACAUCAAGUACUACAAGAAAGCGCUCAAGUUCUAUGACAACUUGGCCAAACGAACGGCGCACAAUGGCCAUAUCAUCGAUAUCUUCGCGGGCUGUCUGGAUCAGGUCGGAUUGUUGGAGAUGAAAGGGCUCUCAAAUUCAACUGGAGGCCAUAUGGUUCUGACGGACAGUUUCACUUCGUCGAUGUUCAAGCAGUCGUUCGUGCGAGUCUUCGAGAAGGAUGCUGAUGACAAUCUUCUCAUGGGCUUCAAUGCCUCGCUCGAAGUGCUGACUACAAAGGAGUUGAAAGUCACUGGACUGAUUGGGCACGCCGUCUCGAUGAACAAGAAAUCGACUUCUGUUGGGGAGACCGAGUGCGGCAUUGGCAAUACUUGUUCAUGGAAGAUGUGUGGUAUUGAUCCUAAUGCCAGUUACGGCAUUUACUUUGAGAUUGCCAGCCAAGGUGGACCAGCGCAACACCAGCAAUCGCCGCAGAAGGGAAUGAUGCAAUUCUUGACAUACUAUCAGCAUUCUUCGGGUCAAUUUCAUCUCCGAGUCACCACAGUGUCUCGUAACCUCAGUGGACCUGCUGGAGAUCCUGCCAUUGCACAGUCAUUCGACCAAGAGGCUGCCGCUGUGCUGAUGUCCAGGAUUGCCGUUUUCAAGGCCGAGGUUGAUGAUGGUCCAGAUGUGCUCCGCUGGGUGGAUCGGAUGCUCAUUCGCCUAUGCUCUCGAUUCGCCGACUAUCGUAAGGAUGACCCUUCCUCUUUCCGCCUGGAAAAGAACUUCACACUCUACCCUCAGUUCAUGUUCCACUUGAGGAGGAGUCAGUUUCUCCAAGUCUUCAAUAAUUCUCCGGACGAGACUGCGUUCUACAGACAUGUUCUGAACCACGAAGACGUUAGCAACUCUCUGAUCAUGAUUCAACCUACUCUCGACUCGUAUACAUUUGACCAGGAUGGAAGUCAACCAGUUCUCCUCGACUCGACUUCCAUCCAGCCGACUCACAUUCUUCUACUUGAUACAUUCUUUCACAUCUUGAUCUUCCAUGGAGAGACUGUCGCCGAAUGGCGGAAAGCAGGGUACCAGGACCAAGAAGGCUACGAGAACUUUGCAGCGCUACUAGAACAGCCGAAGGAAGAUGCCAGGGAUUUAAUCACCGACCGAUUCCCACUCCCCCGCUUCAUCGUUUGUGAUGCCGGCGGUUCUCAGGCACGUUUCUUGCUCUCCAAGCUCAAUCCUUCGACUACCCAUACAACUGGCGCAUAUGGUGGUGUUGGUGCUCAGACCGCGCAGACAAUCUUCACUGAUGAUGUGUCACUGCAGACAUUCAUGGACCACCUGAUGAAACUCGCGGUGAGUGGAACCAACUGA